AUGGUCGAUUCAGGUUCUGCAGGGGGCCCUGCUCGCACCGAAAUGCCAAUGGGGCUGUAUCAUGCCAGCGCCCGAGCAGAUGAGCUCUGCUUCUUCAGCAACGAAACGCAAAAUGCUGUUUUCAAGUAUGACGGCAUAACGCUGUUUGGGACAUACAAAGUGGAAGGUUCCUGCGUGCAGGUCCACUGGCAUCGGAAGGUUUAUACCAAAAUAGGUCGCACAACCAAGCAGAUAGAGGAAGACAUUGACAUGCAAGAAGAAAUGGGCAUCGAAGAAAACGGAUAUGCCGCUCGAUUCAGAGAUGCUGUGUACAAGCACCAGCGCUUGACAGGAUGGAAGGACGACUGA